AUGACACUUUCUUUAAAUCAGCACUUGAAUACAUCGCCAUCACCACCAACGUCUUUAUCGCCACCUACAUCGCCCAUCGCCUCUUCACCGUCUCCAUCGACGCUCACCUCUCAUUUUGUCCAGGCAUUGCACGACUAUUUGCCCUCCUCUGUCAACAGCACAGACGAGUCUGUGUGCUGCUUGUUCUUUAAAAAAGGAUCCAUCAUUGAAGUCUUUAAUAGAGACGAUUCUGGAUGGUGGGAUGGACAAUGCGGUGAUGUGAGAGGCUGGUUCCCAAGCAACUAUGUUGGAAGAAUUGGUGAAUUGAAGCGAUCCAGCGCUGAUUUCGAAGAUGACUACUCUAGCGAAGAAUUGGAGCAAUGGCAUCAAAGAAUGAAUCAUCAUGUGAAUAGCACAUCCACCGUGUCACUAGAAGAAUACAGCACAAAGGUUUCAACAAUCCAAACUCGAGUUGAGAUGGCAAGAGCGCUGCUCAGGGAAGACAGAAGAAAGUCAUCGUCCAUCAUCAGCAAUCCAUCUACGCCAUUUUCCUCGUCAUCACAAUUGCAGACACUAGUGCAAGACGUGUCUACCAAAGUCGCCGAAUUAGUGGAUGCUUGUCAGCAGCCAGUGUCACCCAAUGUUCAAUGGAUCAUAUUUCAAGUCGUCUCGGCCGUUAGAUCUGUGCUCACAGAAGCCAACAUUGUAAAUAAAGAAAGCGCGCUGCUUAGAAUGUAUCCAGAACUGGCAAGACAAAGAAAGAUUGUCCUAAGCGCACUAAGCCGGUUGGUUUUAAAGGGCAAAGAGCUUCAACAACAACAACAACAAGACACCGCAGAACAGCAACCAUCAGAGCAGCAGCAAGAAAAGUCAACAGCAGCAGCAGAAGACGAGCAUGAUCAGACUUCUUAUUUUGCAGAUCAGCUCUUGAAUGAGAUGGAAAUGUUUGAAAAACUGCUGUUGGUGAUACCACGCCAAUCAUCCGUAUCUGACAGCACAGUGGACACAACGCGGCCUUCCUCCAUGUUUCAUUGUGAUACCCCUCGCUCAUCCGUGUCGUCGCUAGGCCGCUCUUCCGUGAUAUCAACCACUUCCAAUUCAACGUCUCUACGCCAUAUUUCGACUUCAACAGAUCCACGCUACACAUUCACUCAAAGCACUGCCUCUCUGAUUGCCAAGGCUGUACCUGUAUCAGAUAAAGAGCACAUUCUGCAUAAUAUCUUGGAUCACCAAGCAAGCAUCGAUGAACUGAUGGCUAGUUUAGUCAUGACACUGGAGAGAUAUCUUGUCAAUCGACACAGAGCCACUGAAAUGUUGGAGACCACGCGGAAAGCAGUAGAGGCUGUCAGGACCUUUUUGGCUGUCGUAGAACAUGUGUGCUCGAAUUUGGGUGAUUUGGAUUACAAUCGACGUAUUUCGAUGAUUCCAGAAGAUCCCUGUCUUGUGACGCUGGUCAUCACAAAAGAAUCCGUAUACAGUGCCAUUACAAAUCUGGUGACAGCUGUAAGAGUGUUGGCUGGCCCUCAGAAGCAAGAACAGCGAGACGAAAGCAUCAUCAAGGAAGAUUUUGACCAACUCUGUGUGUGUUGUGAAGAUGUAGUCAGGACCACAAACGAAUGUGCAGCAUGUGUACGAGCUUGUUUGCAGGCUGAACAAGAGGAACAAGAAGAGCACGAUAAAAUCAUGUACACUAUGCAGCAAGAUACAAGGCCUGACGCUACUACAACAGCAGAAGCAGAAAACAAUCUAAGCAUUCUCGGUAGGAAAAUCAGCAGUUUGCAUGCAAUUCAGCAUUAUCAUCAAGAUCAGCAUGAGCAAGCAGAUCCGUGCGAGAAGCUAGGAGGCGAGGGGCACAGUGAGCAGGAUAUUGAGGGCCUCGCCAUUGAAUCAGCACCUAAAAUUAGCACAAACGCAGAAAACAAUGCUCUCAAAAACAUGUGCAAUGGACAUGAUAUACGCACACACUCCAUGAUCCCCAACAAAAACUCACCAACACCAGCAACACCCGCUUCUGUCAGCAACGCCACUGUCAGCAGGGAAGCAAAAUCUGCAUCUGCUAUAGAUACCAUCAUCCCUGAAACGAUCCCACAGAGACGCAACAAACUAAGACCCAGGGCUGCAUCCAUCAACACUUCUCAGUUCCUCCCACUACCGCCAUUACCACCUAAAAAUAGCAUUAUUGUUAAACCAUCUGUUUCAGCAGCAGCAUUUCCACUUCCUCCUGCUGUCAAUACACCGCCUCAACAGGAUACUGCCUCGGUAAAAGGGGCUCCUCCAUCCAAGGAUCAAGUGCUAAAAUCCCGACGUCCUCGUGGGUUGAGCGUCUCCUCGUUACGACCUUCUAUUAAUAAAUCCAAAUCAGAACGGAUCACCAACACUACAAGUAGCUUAUCCACAUCCUCAUCCAUGGAAAGUCUUCCUGAACCCUUGAGAAUACAGAAAUUGCCUUCUUGGAUGUCCAUUAGCAGCAAUGCAGUGGACAAACAUGAGCAUCAGUCUGCAAAUAGCCUGGACAUUGCGCCCUCUUCACAGCUGCACUUAUCAAAGAAUGAACCCGGAUACGACUUUUUGGAGCAAUGCGUGUUUACUGAGGAUGAAAUGAUGUUGAACGCAGAUGGUGAAGUGACAGGCGCCACAAUUGAGGCAUUGGUGCGCAAAUUGACCUUACACGAGAAAUCUCCAGACUUGGUCUUUACUCGUGCCUUUUUUUACAACUUCAGGUUAUUCACAAAUCCUGCAGAUUUCGUUCAGCUGCUCAAAGAUCGAUUCACACUGAAGCCUCCUACAGAACCUGCGCCAUUACCAGAGGAUCAACUCAUCUUGUGGACAAAUCGAGUGUUGAUACCUGUUCGACUGCGAGUGUACAAUGUGAUAAAGACCUGGUUGGAGACCUACUUCAGUUUUGAACAAGAUGCUCCGGUAGAGCAAUCUCUGGUGGAUUUUACUUCUCUUGAAAUGAGCAAAGCGAUGCCUGGUCCUGCAAAACGCAUGCUAGAACUCAUUACAAGAACCUUCGCAUCUAAAGGACUAAGCUGCGCUGGUCGUAAGCAUUCAUACAACGAGACGAGAAUCACUAUGCAAAAAUCCUACUCCACAAGUCUACAAUCAUCCACCAUUGGCAGCAGCACUGGCAAUAUGUUUUCGAAUUUGGGUCUGUUUGAUGAUCACCACCACCAGGCCGAUUCCUCUACAUUCACAGAUAGAUACCCUCAGUCCAUUCUAGGAAAGUCAUUGCGCAACACGCUCAAAAAGGCAUUGAGCCAAAACAGCCUGACUGUAGUUCACGUCAAUGAUUUUGAUCCCACUGAACUGGCUCGGCAAUUGACUCUCAUGGAAAAUAGCUUGUUUUGUCGUAUUCGUCCCAAUGAAAUGAUAGGACAAGAGUUCAAAAAGAAGGUGGGCACAAGCCAAGCAGUCCAUGUCAAGGCCAUGAUCCAAAGAAGCACACAAAUUACAAGCUGGGUGUCUGAUACCAUAUUGAACGAAGCUGAUACCAAAAAGCGUGCUCAGAUAUUAAAAUACUGGAUCAAAGUGGGCGAUGCAUGCUUACAGCUCAACAAUUACAACACGCUGAUGGCUAUUCGAUCCGCAUUAGAUUCCACCAGCAUCGCCAGACUACGAAAAACCUGGGAAUACAUUUCAUUGAAAUACAAGGCCAUGUGGGAGCCCAUUUAUCGAGCCACCGAUUCUCAAAGAAAUUUUGCAGAAUACAGACAACGACUCAAGACUACCAUUGCACCCUGUUUGCCAUUUCUGGGUGUUUACUUGACAGACAUGACGUUUAUAGAUGACGGAAACGCAGAUCAUCGCAUGUCUCCUGGUGGUAAACAGCUCAUCAAUUUCGAUAAAUACAUCAAGGUUACUCGCAUCUUGAACGAAAUUGAUCAAUUCCAGAUUUCUUAUAAACUAUUCGAGGUGGAUGAAAUUCAAAAGUUUCUGAAAAAGACAUUGGAAUCAGUGGAACAAGACGAUCAAGUGUUUUAUGCAAAAAGUUUGAAGCGUGAACCAAAAGAAGAAGAUCCCACAGCUGCCGAUAAACAGUAA